UCCGCCAUUCCCUCGCUUGCCACCCGCCAUCCGCCAUCCGCCAUCCCUCCUCAGCGCUUCCGUCGUCCUGACGGAAUAGCUCCCCGCGAGCCAUGGCUUCCCCGUCCGACCAGCCCUCAACGACCCCCUCGCAGACUGCUCCACAGCCACAACAGACAAGUUCGCGGCCCGCCAGCGGGCACGACGUGCUGUCGUCGAGUCCAGUAGAGAUGAAGACGCUUCCAGCAUCCUCGUCAUCAGAGCCAGCGGCAAACAUGCCCAAUCCCGCAUCAAUAGCGACGUCAACACCUCAGGUACAGGCUUCGCAACCAGCAGAGAGCGCACAGCCCACAACGGCGCCCCCAGCGCCUGCGAAACCCGCUCCUCCCGUCGACCUGAAUCGCAACGAGACCGAAGCAAUCGGCCCGUCGACCGACACCCCGGCCGCGAACCCAGACAAUUCGAAUGGCCCCGUCGUCGUAAUCAUGCUGCUGCUUACGACGGGCGCACGGCACCCAUACAAGAUAGAUGAGAAAUAUCUCAAGAAGCGCAACGUCGCUGUUGACGACAUGGACCCAUACAACAUUAGCGUCUACACACUGAAGGAGCUGAUAUGGCGGGAUUGGCGCGAAGAAUGGGAACCGAGACCGACGUCUCCCAGUUCGAUACGACUGAUACACUUCGGCCGCAUGUUGGACGACAAAUCGCCUCUGAGAGACUGCCGAUUCCAGACAGAAGCCCCCAACGUCGUUCACAUGACAAUCAAGCCCCAAGAGGUCGUCGACGAGGAAGAUGCUAAGACUGGGAAGGGUGGCGCCAGGAGAGACGGCGAUGACGAGACUCAUGCUGGUUGCCGUUGCGUUAUCCUAUAGACGCAGUAGCUUACUAAGCUAAUGAGCUACGCUAUAGGAUGUACUCUCUGCGAUGGCUCUAUGGACGGCGAAGACA